UUCAAGUUAGCUGUUAGUUUUUAUUAUUCGUAGGUUCAAGUUUUAUCUUUUACUUGUAAAUUGUUUUUUUCAGGUCAAAAUGGAUAAGAGUUUCGACUUUGGUAAGUUGUUGCAGUUGCAUGAGAAGAAGCACAAAAGUAAACCAGUCCAGUUCAGCAGCGUAGCAGUUGGGGUAAAAUUGAGGUUGGAUAAACGAAACAACAAGAGAAAAAGUAGCCGUCUUACGAUUUUUGACAAGAUUAGAAAUAUUCCAAAAUGUGAGAGUCCAGUUCCACCUAAACCGGACCAAAAAACUAAACUGGAACAUAGAAUGAAGCAAUUGCAGUUAUGGAAACAGGAGAAGGAGAAGAAGAAAAUGCAGGCUGCUCUAAAUAAGAAGAAACCUUUUUUAGCUGGAGUGGCACACAACCCAAUAAAAUUUGUACCUCCCCCUCCUCCCAAACCCAUGCCAAGCACCUCUGGAAGAGUUACACGGUCACAGACAAAAGGGCAAAAAACAGAAAUUGCUAAAACAUCCCAAAAGGCAAUAUCAAAUGUGAAAUCAUUUGCUCCAAAAAAUGCUACAUUUAAUCCAACUCUAAAUAUUGUCAAACUCCCUCUACAGAUACCCAGCAGUAAUGCCAAAAAAGUCACAUCCAAAGUAACUUUAGGAUUAAAAACUGACAAUAAAACAAAAUCUAAACCUUUAAAAUCUGACUUUGGUAAAAACAAUAGAAACAAUGCUCAAAGUAAAGCUUCUGAUUCAUCUAGCAGUGUAGGCUCAUCACUACCAAUUGCAAAGACCAGAGUUCUAAGAAAACGUGCUUACACUGUGCAGUCAAAAAAGGUACCAUUAACAUCAGAAUCUUCAGGUAGCCUUAGUUCAUCAUCGCCGAAACCAAACACAAGACCAACAAGGAAAAUAAAUGAAAAUGUUAAAACAACUUCAAAGGCUCAAAAUUCUACUCCUGAAUCUAGUAAUAGUGAUGAUGCUCAUAAACAAAUAAAGACUCGCACUCCAAGAAAAUCAUUAGCCCAGUCUUCUAGUGAGGAGGCUGAUGGCAAGCAAAGAACUCCUCGAACAUCGCUACCAAAUUCUAGGAAGAACACAAAUGUCAAGGAAAAAACUCCUAGAAAGUCAGUACCAAAUCUAUACACUCCAGUAAAACCCGUACCCAAAAGUGAGUCAAGUUCGGAGGAGAAGCUACGAUCACCAAAGCAAGCAGAGGUAUCAAUGACUCCGGAGCAGAUUGUUGAGGUGGUUCAAAAGCUACCAAGCCCCUGUGUUACCAUGUCCAGGGGUAAGGCCAAUGCCAGAAAGGAAAUGAAGAAGAAAAUUGAUGAAGGUUUACUAGAUGAUGAUGUGUGUGAGAUGGACAGCCUGGAUCAUUUUAAACAGCAGUUGGACUCAGAAAUUAAACGAAUGACCGAGAUGUGUAAAACGUGGGAUAAAAUAUCCGAGCAGGUCCCAUUGCCUGAAGCAGUGCAGGAGGCAGUCCUCGGCGCGGUGGGUCAAGCCCGGCUGCUCAUGUCGCAGAAGAUGCAACAGUUCGCGUCGCUGCUCGCCCGUGCCGAGUGCCCAGAACCCGGCACAGCGCUCGUCACACCCACGGACCUCCAUGGGUUCUGGGAUAUGGUGUUUAUGCAGGUCGAGAACAUAGACAUGCGCUUCAAGAAGCUAGAGGAGAUGCGCGCUCGCAACUGGGCCGACGAGCCGCCGCCGCCGCGCGCCUCCCGCCGCCUGCCCCGCCCCUCCGCCCGCCCCGCCCCCGCCCCCCGCACUGGCGCUGUCGCAAGCCGGAUCAAGGAUCUAAUAGCUGCAAAACGCAAAGAGAAGAAACAGGCGGCUGAGGGUGAGCAGACAGAAGUAGCGGAGACCAAGACUUUUGAUGCAGGAUUCUUCAGCGUGCGGUCGCCCGUGCGCAGCCCCCGCGCGCCUGCCACGCCGCGCCGUUCGCUGCUACACCAUGUACUGUCCAGCGAGGCCAAGAAAGCUUCUGCGUCUAAGAACAGCGCCUCAUAUGCAAUGCUGCGUGCAUCUUCCAUUAGCAAAAAUGUAGAUAGUGAUGACACAAUGUUUACUGCAAAUCAAGUACAGUUGACACCAGUAAACCUGUUUGCCACACCAGCACGGAGCAUCCUAAAGUCUGUUAACAAUAAAUCAACCAAGAAAUCAGGCAAAAAGUCCAUCAAAAUGGUCCUAUUUAAUAACUCAGACACAGAUAUACAGAAUGUGUCUGACACAGAGAAAGUAAACGGACAAAGUGAAGAAGGCGAGAUGGAGAAAAACAAACAAGAAAAUAGACUUGCUUCGGAUGUAGAAAAUAAACCUAAGUCGAAACUCAUAAGGCAGGAUGCUGUAGAGGACCGAAGCCCAGUCAUGACCCGCAGUAGAAGGAAGAGUGUACAAACACCUUCAGAAGACAAGACGGAUAAAACACCAAGACGUGCUAGAAGGAAGCAUGCCUUACAGGAGAUUGAAGUUAAUAUUGUUGAAGAACAAGCGAAAACGCCAAAGCGAUCGACAAGAAGAAAGAGUUCGAUCAAGGAAUGACAUUUUUGUUUAGGAUAAUAGUUUUUAUUUUUUUGCAGUAGGUAUAUGUGUUACAGAGUUAGUAAACAGGUCUUCGUGAUGGAAGGGAUUGUUAAUACUUUAGCAUUGUAUGUUGGUUUAUACAUAAUUGAGAAGUGGAGAUUUAGAAGUGUAUUAUGCGAAUAUUGUAAUAUCAAAUAUUUCACAUUCAAAAAUUUUACUGUAAUUUGUAGUUCCAUCUAACUAUAGGCUCAGGUGCCCAGUAUAAAGCUUAUAAAAAGGCAGUACAAUAAUAUUUUUAAAGCACUUCAAAAAAUAUUAUGAAUUGAACACUCAAGUUCCAGGUAGAUUUUUAUUGUCAGUGCCAUUCACACCAACACUUUAAUAAUUAUUAUAGAUUAUGUUAAAUUUUUAAUGAUAAUUUCUGCUACGAGUAAAUAUCGAAGUUUAAAGUGUGUGAAUUUAUAGGCACGUGAGCUGGCUUUUAUACAGGGUGCAAUUAAACCUUCCGGCCAAAUUUUGAUAUAUUGAAAA